AUGGCUUUCUUCAAACUCCUUCCACGAGGUCUGAGACGCCGCCGAUCCUUCAUCCUCUCCCUCGUCAGUCAAUUCUCCUUCUCGUCUCCUGAAGAUGCCGCGGCUGAGCGCCGUCGCCGUCGCCGCCUCCUCGGCAUGCCUCCUCCUUCUUCCCUUGGCGACAUCCCACGUCCUUCGCCUCCCGACCAGCCUCCUGUUCGAAAGGCCCAAACAAGCCCUAGCAUUCCCAAGCUCCCCGAACCCGCUUCUUCACUGUCUGGUCCCCGCCUCCUCCUACACAACAACAUCCUCUCCCUUCUACGCUCUGGCGAUCUCCAAGAAGCCGACCUCCUAGUUCGCCAUUCCGUCUACUCCAGUUGCCGCCCCACUAUUUAUACAGUCAACGCCGUCCUCUCUGCUCUCCUUGGAGAAUCUCUCCACUCCGAGCUCCUCGCCCUACACCGCUUCGUCAAUCAGGCUGGCAUUGCCCCCACAGUUGUCACGCAUAACCUCCUAAUCCAAUCUUACAUCGAUAGCCGCAAGCUUGAUCUUGCAGUCAGUUACUAUCGCUUCUUAUGCCGUGACCUCCCGCUCCUUCCUUCUCCGUCCACCUAUAGAAUAUUAGUUAAAGCCCUUCUAAGUGCAUCUAGAAUGGAAGAAGCUCUGCAGCUGAAAGAUGAGAUGAUCGCCAUGACGGAACCGGACCUCGAGGUUUACAACCUCCUCAUAUCUUGGCUUGUUGAUAAUGGAGAUCCGGAUGGUGCCCUGGCUUUAUAUGAAGAGUUGACAGGGAUGCUGGGGGAGAAUCUGAAGGCUUUUGGCGGAAUUGUUGAUGGGAGUUUGAUGAAGGCGUAUUUUAAGAAGGGGAUGGAGAGGGAAGCAUUGGAGUUGUAUAAUUCUGCGCUAGGAGAGGAUGGUUCCCCGUUUAGGUUCAGUGUACAGAGCUACAACUCUGUUCUUGAUGCUUUCUGUAAAAAUGGUAAGUUUGAGGAAGCAUUGUAUUUGUUUGAAAGGAUGAUGGGCGAGCAUAGCCCUCCAAGAAGGCUUUCUGUGAAUUUGGAGAGUUUUAAUUUGAUGGUGGAUGGUUAUUGUGCGACAGGGAGAUUCAAAGAGGCCAUUGAUGUUCUUAGAAAGAUUGGUGAAAAAAAAAUCAGUGCAGAUACUUUGUCUUAUAAUAAUUUGAUAAGGAAGCUUGGGCAGAAUGGAAUGGUGGUAGAAGCUGAAGAGCUUUAUAGAGAGAUGAGUGAAUAUGGGAUUAAACCAAAUGAACUUACUUUUGUUUUACUCAUGGAAGCAUGCUUUGGAUCGAAUAGAAUAGAAGAUGCAAUUCGGUAUUUUUCUGACAUGGAUGAUGCAGGUGUUCAACCCGAGACAUUGGCAUACAAUACAGUUCUGUGUGGGCAAGUGAAGGUAGGAAAUCUUACUGAGGCUAAAGCUUUCUUUGAUCGGAUGAUGGAGAAGGAGGUGAAGAGAGACCUUGUGACUUAUGAGGUACUGCUAAAGGCAUUUUGUGACUCCAAUAGAUGGGAAGAUGUGUUUGGGGUUGUCAGAGCCCUUCUGAUGGACAGCAAAAUGGUUUUCCAACCACAGAUGAGGGAGCUUGUGGAGGAUGCUGCAAGGAGAGAAAAAAUGGAGGGAGAAUUGGCUAGGUUAUAUGAUGAGGUAGAGAAGGAGAAGGAAGAUGCUCUUGCUCAGGCUGCCGAGGAGAAGGCAAGAGCGGAUGCCCUUUCAAGGGAAGAGAGACUGAGGAAAAGAGCAGAAGCUAAGGCUAAGCAGGCUGCUACUACAAAGAUUACCAAAGAACAUAUUGAAAUGCAUAUCAAAAGGUUCUCAUUAAACAAUGUAGAAGAGAAGCAAGAUGUACCACUCUUUAGUGGGAUUUUUGGGAAUGGAGGCCCUUCAAAAUAG